GUUUUCCCGAGGGGACCCCGUCCGUUGGAUGUGAGCCACGAGCCCACGAACGGCCCGCGGCCGGCGCCGCGCGAUCUGGGUCACGCCUCCCGGGGUGUAGCCAAACAGGGUUAUACACGUGGACGGGGCCAGAUUUCCCGUUGCCGACGUGGUUAGUGCGUCCCAUCUGCCCCUCGGGCCCACGCGCCAGGGAGGCCGCGCCCGCUUUUAAAUAGCGCCUCUCCCCGGCGGAAUCGGAGGCGGCCAGGCUCCCUCCUCCUCCCUGCAAAUCCUGCAGACACCACCGCUCGUUUUUCUCUCCGGGACAGGAGAAAAGGGGAGAGAGAGGUGAGGCGCGGUGUCCGCCCGAUCUGCUCUGCCCCGACGCAGCUGUUACGACCUCCUCAGUCUCAGUCAGGAGCAAGAUGGGUGCCGGCGGCAGGAUGACCGAGAAGGAGCGGGAGAAGCAGGAGCAGCUCGCCCGAGCUACCGGUGGCGCCGCGAUGCAGCGGUCGCCGGUGGAGAAGCCUCCGUUCACUCUGGGUCAGAUCAAGAAGGCCAUCCCGCCACACUGCUUCGAGCGCUCGGUGCUCAAGUCCUUCUCGUACGUGGUCCACGACCUGGUGAUCGCCGCGGCGCUCCUCUACUUCGCGCUGGCCAUCAUACCGGCGCUCCCAAGCCCGCUCCGCUACGCCGCCUGGCCGCUGUACUGGAUCGCGCAGGGGUGCGUGUGCACCGGCGUGUGGGUCAUCGCGCACGAGUGCGGCCACCACGCCUUCUCGGACUACUCGCUCCUGGACGACGUGGUCGGCCUGGUGCUGCACUCGUCGCUCAUGGUGCCCUACUUCUCGUGGAAGUACAGCCACCGGCGCCACCACUCCAACACGGGGUCCCUGGAGCGCGACGAGGUGUUCGUGCCCAAGAAGAAGGAGGCGCUGCCGUGGUACACCCCGUACGUGUACAACAACCCGGUCGGCCGGGUGGUGCACAUCGUGGUGCAGCUCACCCUCGGGUGGCCGCUGUACCUGGCGACCAACGCGUCGGGGCGGCCGUACCCGCGCUUCGCCUGCCACUUCGACCCCUACGGCCCCAUCUACAACGACCGGGAGCGCGCCCAGAUCUUCGUCUCGGACGCCGGCGUCGUGGCCGUGGCGUUCGGGCUGUACAAGCUGGCGGCGGCGUUCGGGGUCUGGUGGGUGGUGCGCGUGUACGCCGUGCCGCUGCUGAUCGUGAACGCGUGGCUGGUGCUCAUCACCUACCUGCAGCACACCCACCCGUCGCUCCCCCACUACGACUCGAGCGAGUGGGACUGGCUGCGCGGCGCGCUGGCCACCAUGGACCGCGACUACGGCAUCCUCAACCGCGUGUUCCACAACAUCACGGACACGCACGUCGCGCACCACCUCUUCUCCACCAUGCCGCACUACCACGCCAUGGAGGCCACCAAGGCGAUCAGGCCCAUCCUCGGGGACUACUACCACUUCGACCCGACCCCUGUUGCCAAGGCGACCUGGCGCGAGGCCAGGGAGUGCAUCUACGUCGAGCCCGAGGACCGCAAGGGCGUCUUCUGGUACAACAAGAAGUUCUAGCCGCCGCCGCUCGCAGAGCUGAGAGGACGCUACCAUAGGAAUGGGAGCAGGAACCAGGAGGAGGAGACGGUACUCGCCCCAAAGUCUCCGUCAACCUAUCUAAUCGUUAGUCGUCAGUCUUUUAGACGGGAAGAGAGAUCAUUUGGGCACAGAGACGAAGGCUUACUGCAGUGCCAUCGCUAGAGCUGCCAUCAAGUACAAGUAGGCAAAUUCGUCAACUUAGUGUGUCCCAUGUUGUUUUUCUUAGUCGUCCGCUGCUGUAGGCUUUCCGGCGGCGGUCGUUUGUGUGGUUGGCAUCCGUGGCCAUGCCUGUGCGUGCGUGGCCGCGCUUGUCGUGUGCGUCUGUCGUCGCGUUGGCGUCGUCUCUUCGUGCUCCCCGUGUGUUGUUGUAAAACAAGAAGAUGUUUUCUGGUGUCUUUGGCGGAAUAACAGAUCGUCCGAACGACAACCUUUUUUUGGGUA